GUGCAUGUCACUGGCACGGCCGCAUGACAUAGCGAGCGAUAAUUGCAGAUUGAUGUGCAUGUUCUCUGUUGCACCGACAAAGUUUUCUGUUUUUUUUUCCGUUUCUGUUUGCAGUCUUCUUCCCACCGUUCGCUUUUUUUUUUAAACGAAGGACGAAGGAUUAGCAUCAACUUUGCAAGGAGUGAAUAAGUGGAGAGCACCAUUUGGGUUGAUAUUUAGCUUCUUCGCUCAACUAAAAUGACUCGAAAACAGGCGCACAUUACAACGGGAGCCACGGACGUAGACCUCGUUAUUGAAGCCAAGACGAAGGGCUGGCAAAUGCUUCUUGACAUUGCGCUUGCUAUAGGGAUGCAGCAGACUUUUCACACUCUCUGGUUCGGAGUCCAAUACGUCGACAAGAAAGGUCAACGGAAAUGGAUAAAGGACAAUCGCUACGUACUGGAUCACCGUCUGGACACGAGGCAAAAGCCGCUGCAAUUCACCCUCAGAGUCAAGGUUUUUCCCAAAAAUUUCUCCGUGAUUGAUGAUGAUAUUGCGCAGAUCCUGAUAUAUAAGCAGCUUCGAGAGCACAUUGAGCAGGGAGAACUUAACUGUCUGCCGGAUAAGCUCCAGGACCUCGCUAAAUUGGCUGAAGAGGAUAACAUUCAAGAAUACAUGAAAGCAGCUCAAAGUCUGGAACAAUAUGGGAAAAGUUAUUUUAAGUUCACCACGGAAGAUGGCGCACGUGCUGAUAUCAUUUUAAGUCACUCCGGAAUCACGGUCAGCUGUAGAGGCGAGAGCUUCACUAUCCCCUUCGAAGAGAUCCAAGACGUGAAGGCCAACAAGCGAACGGCCUGCAUCACCAGACGAGGCCAGACGUCGAAACCGAUAAAAUACAAGAGCGAAACACCCAGUUACUGCAAAGCGGCUGUUGAGGCGGUGACGAGCUAUUUGGAGGUGUUCAGACAGGCGGGGAGUGGCGGCGGGGAGUCUGUUCCGAAGGACGAGGUGGUGCGUUCUCCUGAUAGUGCGACUGAUGGUGAGGCGAUGGUGAAGGAGGAGGACUCACCUCAGGGUCUGGAGGGAGUGGAUGUGGCAGUGAAAGACGACUGGAAGCCUUCAGAUGACCCCGUGGAUGACGCUGAAAAGGAGAAAGAAAAAUAAGAUGGAAGCAUUGAGAACGAGAUGCUGGUGAAUGAUUAUAUUACAGAGUAUAUGAAAUCAUUAUCCGGAUUAAAAAUUAAUACUUUGACUAACAGACUUUAAAAAAACAUUAUACAAGGCUAAAAAAAAAA